ACAUGCUUCCUCUUCUUCUAUACUCAAUCUUUAAACAGUUUCUUCAGGCUUUCAGUUUUAAAUCCCCAAUCACUGUCACAAUCUUCUUGUUAUUCUAGACAGAAAAGAAUGUGCCAGAGGAAUGGAGCAGCACUUAAGAGAACGACAUCCAUCUUCUUUUUCCUGUGUGCCAUGGCAUUGGUGCAUGGCUUCAGCUUUGCAUGUGCCUCACGACUGCACCGUCCCUCGGCUUUGGCGGCAGAGAGCGAGCUGAGGACAUACAUUGUCCAUGUGAGGCUGCCGGAGCUCGGAUUCCAGAGCUUGAUGGACAGAGAAAGCUAUUACAGGUCGUUCUUGCCCAACGCCCUCACCGAGAGCUCCUCGGCUGAUGAGAGAAUGAUCUAUGCAUACAGUGAAGUGAUCAAAGGCUUCGCUGCGAAGCUUAGCCCCGAAGAAGUCGAGGCCAUGAAGGCUAAAGACGGGUUUCUCCAUGCUUACCCGGAUGUCCUGUUAUACCCUCAAACCACAUACACGCCUAAGUUCCUCGGGCUAAACCCUAACAGUGGUGUAUGGCCCGAAAGUGGGUUUGGCAAUGGCACCAUCAUAGGUCUUUUAGACAGCGGCAUAUGGCCGGAGCACCCGUCGCUGAAUGCGUCUGGCAUGCCACCCCCACCAAAGAAGUGGAAGGGUACGUGCGUCGAUUAUGGUGAAGACUUCAACGCGUCUCACUGCAGCAACAAGCUUACCUCUACCACCGCAGCCGGCUGGUUUGUGCCCGGAGCUCAGGUGUUGGGCAAUGCUCAGGGCACAGCCACUGGCAUGGCUCCCCAUGCCCACCUAGCUAUUUACAGAGUAUGUUAUCCGACGGGCUGCGCUGGCUCUGACAUAUUGGCGGGGAUCGAUCAGGCAGUUCAGGAUGGUGUUGACGUGAUCUCAGUCUCUCUGGGUGGUUUGCAAUCCGAGCCAUUCAUCAAUGAUCCACUGGCGAUCGGCGCAUUUCAUGCCAUGAGAAAUGGUAUCUUUGUGUCCUGUUCUGCCGGAAACCAAGGGCCGGGUCAUGGCUCGGUAGCGAAUGAGGCACCGUGGUACCUGAGUGUGGGGGCAAGCACAGUGGAUCGAGCCAUCAGGGCAAACACGAAGCUUGGCAACGGCGACACAUUCAUGGGCCAGUCCGGUUACCAGCCCAAGGGCUUUGGGCCAACUCCCCUCCCUCUGGUGUAUCCGGGCGACAUUUGUGCUGAAGGUGCACUAAAUGAAGAUAAAGUCGCCGGCAAGGUGGUACUCUGUGAUGGUGGCAGUAUAAGCAGAGUAAGAAAGGGCAUGGCUGUCUUGAAAGCUGGAGGCGCAGCCAUGAUACUCCUGAACAAUGAAGGAUCCGUCCUUCCUCUAAUUGCCGAGGCACACGUGUUGCCGGCUUCUGAAAUCAGCUUUGAAGAUGGUGAAAAGAUAAAGGCCUACAUAAACUCGACCAAGAAUCCCACAGCUACGAUCCUCUUCAAGGGCACUGUGUUCGGCGACACUGCCGCCCCAGAGGUGGCCGGGUUCUCGUCGAGAGGGCCUAGCAUACAGUCUUUCGGAAUACUGAAGCCUGACAUCAUAGGCCCUGGCGUUGAUAUCCUAGCUGCCUGGCCCUUGAAUGCGAGCAUCUCGGAUAUCCCCGGUGAUACAAGAAGAGUGAAGUUCAACAUGAUCUCGGGUACAUCCAUGUCAGCCCCACACCUUAGCGGCCUGGCCGCGGUGCUCAAGAGUGCGCACCCCAAUUGGUCCCCUGCGGCCAUAAAGUCGGCCAUGAUGACCACGGCUUAUGUGCUUAACACUAAAGGGAAGCCCAUAACCGACCAAACCCAUGGCCCGGCCGACGUCUUCGCCAUUGGUGCCGGCCAUGUCAACAUCACUAGAGCAGCACAUCCCGGCCUGGUUUACGACCUCACCGCUGAUGACUACAUACCUUAUCUGUGUGGUCUAUACACUGAGCAGGAAGUACAAGCCAUUGCUGGGAGCACUGCCCAUUGCUCCAAUGAGACCACCAUCUUAGAGGGAGAAUUGAACUACCCAUCUUUCUCUGUUGUUUUCAAAUCAGAGGGACCUUCUUCUUUCAGCUUUAAAAGGACAGUGACCAAUGUUGGGGAUGCAAACUCUUCAUACCAUGUGGAGGUAGCUCAACCUGAUGGGGUGAACAUAGAGGUUCAACCUAAUAAUCUUCACUUCACUAAGGUGAAUGAGAAGAAAAGCUUUCAAGUUGUUUUCACUCUUAAGAUCUCUGUCCCCUCUGACCUCUCCAUCUCUCAGGGGCACAUAAAGUGGAUUUCAGGGUCUAAAUACCAAGUGAGGAGUCCCAUCUCUUUCCUAAUGCAUCCACCCUCGCAAAGAUAGAGAAAAGAAAAUGUCGUCCAUCACCAAUGUUCAUAUUUAUAGUCUCUCCUCUUCU